AUGACAGAGUCAGAGGCAUGGAGAUUCGAAUUUCAUGGGGAGAAUGAGAACAAGAAGAAAGAUCGAACACGUUCAGUUUCCCCUUGCAGUCAAGAACCAGUAGCUUCUCAAAGUCCUACCAUCGAGGAUCAAAGUCAGAGUGACUCAACGGAAAAGGAGCCCUCCCACCAAUGCCGGGACACACUUUUAUCAAAGAACUGUUUAAUGAGGCUUCAGAAUGGAUUCUUAUACCAUAAAGAUAUGACCAUAAUCACCGACGCAACAAAACGACAGAUGGAACAUAACCAGACCCCUAUGUUCUAUGCAUAGUCUAAUUACAUUCACCAGAUUACUGUUUGGUUGAAGAGGCGAUUCUGGAUAUGAUUGUACAUUCUCCUACUGAACACAGGGUUGAGGUAGUGCUUAGUGAAUCUCCGCAAAGGCCUAGCAACGUCCCUUACGUCCACUGGGAAGAUGAAGCUGCAGUUGAUCGGUGCAUUGAGGAAUAUCAUGUAUUUUUGCAUGUCCAUUCUUGUUUUCUGAUAUUGAGUAGGGCUCCGAAUAAUCGACAGUUUUGGGAGGUUAAGAAGUAAGAUGUUGGUCACUAAGGUAUACCUUACAUAUUCUCAUCGCUAAAAUUGUAAUAAUAAUAGCUUGCAGCAAUUUUACAGGGACUGUGAGGGAUCGCUUGUUCUU